AUGGAAGAUGAUGAACAGAUGAUGGAGUUCUACAUGAAGGAUGCAAAGGCUUUGGGCAUUAUCCAAAAUGCUGUUUCAGAUCAGAUCUUCCCACAGAUAGUAAAUGCAGAGACCUCAAAACAAGCUUGGGAGCUGCUGUACAAGGAAUUUCAUGGUGGUGAACAGAUGAAAACAUUUGGAGAGGUUUUAUCCAAUGAGCGGAUGGUUCAAAAGGUUUUAAUUAGCCUGACUAAAGCCUAUGAACCUAUAUGCUUAAUGAUAGAAAACACUAAGGAUCUAGAAACAGUAGAAUUCCAAGAGGUGAUUGCAAUUCUUAAAAGCCAAGAACAAAGACUUGACUUGCAAGUCACUGAGGUCACCGAGAAAGCCUUCUCUACCUUAUCUGUGAAUAAUCCUGCUACAAUCUCUAAACCACAAAACAGGGGAGCAAUACACUUCAAUGCAACUAAAUUCCAGAAAACUUGGACUCCAAAAGAGAAGAAGUGGGAACCGAAGCAGAGAAUAUUCAAAGGUAAACCUAAGUGCUACAGCUGUGACAGAUUUGGUCAUUGGACAAGAGAGUGUCUAAAUGGGAAGAAUGUGCAGAAAGCAAACUGCACAAAUCAAAUGGAGUUGACAGGUAACAUGUUUAAUGUAGCUAGUGAACUUGAUAAGAUAAGUAAGGGCAGUGAAUGGUAUAUAGACAGUGGAUGCAGUAACCACAUGACAGGAAAUAUAGAUCUCGUGGUGGAUGUGAAAAGGAAUUUGUAUGGAAGAGUUCAAAUGCCAAAUGGUACACUAGAGAGCAUAGCUGGAAAAUGA